AUGCCUCCGUAUAGAAUGGAUAGAAAAUCUGCUAGAAUAAAAGCAGAGUUGCAAAGAUAUGGUUGGAGAGUUUCGAAGAAGUUUAAAUAUAGGAAGGGAAGACCCAUAAAAGUCUAUGACAAACUGGCUGGUCUGACCUACGAAAUGGAUUUGGAAACAGCGCGCGCCAAUUAUCCAAACAGACUAGAGAGGUUAGAAGAAGAACGUCUUAUGAACUUGCCUUUCAAUGUUAGUGAACCUCAAGUUGAAGGACACGACGGCUUUGCCAGAUUCUACUGGAAACAUGACGAACAAUUGCAUCCUUUGAGAAGGAAAAAAGGUAGUGCAGAGGAUGGUCAUGCUCCCAUGGAAAGAACAAGAUAUGCAUAUGAAAAGUAUCGUGAAGUUAGAAGUCAAAUUACAUCUGGUCGAACCUUUACAGUAAACUUUGACGAAGGAAAGAACAAAGAAGGCUUCAUGGGUGUACUUGCUGCCAUACAAGACGGAAAUAAGAAAGGAUACAAUCUCAGAUUGACCAUAACAGAUUUGGAUGGUCACAUUUACUAUGCACAUGGCAAUGUCACAACAGCUGCAAUGCUUCUUGACGCUUUCAAGACUACAAAGAGAGAACAAAUGGUUGACUCCGACUCAGACAUUUUGAAUGCAAUUGAAGGAAUUGCAAGUGUCAAGUUCGAAUGGUACCAACCUAACCCUCAAGCAGUCAGACAACAUGCUGGAUACUUCCCCUUCAGAAAUAA